AUGGACAUUUGGCUCAGCCAUGUUAUGUUCGUCCUGGCUGCGGUUGAAUUUGUUUGUGGCGUGGUCGCCUUCGUCUACAACUUUCAUUACGGCCCGAGGUUUUGGAAGAGCCAGCAUUUCCAUGCAAAUGUGAAGAAAAUCGUGGUACGUUACGAAAUGCUUUGAAUGUCACUUUAUUUCCGGCGGUAAUUGUAGGUCUUAGCAAACGCUUACAAGAAAUAUUUUUUUUGCCAUAAUCCGGCCUAAAACCCCCGGUUUUUCUGCAAAGCGCAAGCGAAGAGUCUUGGAUAUUCCUCAUAUCAGGCUGUCGGGAAAAUAAUGAGCAAUCUGUCGCGUUGAAAAACGCAUCGUCUCCGAAAAAUAAAUUGUGUGGACAAAAUUAAGUUACUUUUCACUUGAGCGAUGCAAUCGGCGUUGCGGCUGCUCAUUAUUUUCCCGACAGACUUGACAUUUCAUCUGUUACGGUAAAUCAAAAAUCCCCAUCUUUUCAGUUAUACCUCAACCUAAUCAUCAGUGUUACACCCAUGUUGCGACCCCUUGUAAUCUACACGUUUACGGACGAGUAUCCACUUCAAAAUGAACGCUACAUCUACGCCGUUUUGAUGUACUUUUUCGACCUCAUCCUCUACCUUUGUCAGGUGUUUUUGCAUACGAAAUUUUUAAUUUUGGUUAUUGAGAGGAUGGUGGCGUACAAAAACCGAAGAACCUAUGAGAAUACGAAAAACAACUUUGUUAGCAUUUUGUUUGCCGUUGCUGUAAGUGUUUUGCGUCUUCUGAGAGACAAAUAUCAUCAACAAUUUCGAAUUUCAACAUUUCAGUUCUCGUUAAUGGUGCUGGAGACGGUGCUGAAGACUUGUGGUUACCUGGCCUUUUACGAAUCCACCUCCAUCGAUAAGAAACUGCAGCUGAGUCUGACUCACUGCAAAGACCCGCUGGUAUUAAUGCUGGUACUUUCAUGCUGCUAUGCAAUGUGCAUGUUUGGAUGCAUUGUAAGUUUUUUCAUAUGCCUCCAAAAUUUUUGGUAAAUGUUAUAACAUGAGAAAGUGCUUUGGUUUGGAAGAAAUGACAUUUUUUGCCAAUUUUGGCUACUAAAAAGAGAAGUAUUCCAAGUGCAACGCUCAGAUUUUCUUUAAAUUUUGCACACAUGUCGGACAUUAACUAAGUAUCAAUUCCUGAAAGUUUUAGCUCGCGCUUUGCAAGCGGCGCCGAGAUAUUGAACGGUCUUUGCCGCCGAGAGAGUACGCUGGACGCGGAGAGCGGUCAGAGAGAAAAACGUUUUUUAGCCAUAGCUUUACUAGUUUCGUACGGAAAAAUUUGCUUUUUUUGCGGAAACAUUACUCUCUAUGGUAGAAAUAGGCAUGAAACUUUUCGUGCCAAAGUUCGGCAAAAAUAUGUCAACUUUUCGCCAAAUUUCGACCUGAAAAUCUCGGUUGCUUCUGCAAAGCGCAAGCUAGGAUUCUCGCAUAUAUCUUAGAAAAAAUUAUUCUAAAUUUGUGCCAAGUUUUGUCAAAAUCUGAGCGUCGCACUUGGGGUACUUCCCUUGUAAGUUUCAUAGCUAAAUAUUUCAACCGCAGAGGAUGACAAAAAAUCUAUUUUUCAAUAAGUUCUUAUCCUUCAGCCAUUCUACACACUCCGCCGUUUCGCUCGUCGUGAGCGACAUAACUGCACUUCAUUAAGCGAAAGAUUUGAGCUUCGCCAAACCGAAGUCAUCGCUGAUCUCAUGGUCUUCAUCAACAAAGGGUAUGCAAUCGGGUUGGUCUUUAUUGUCCCGCCGUACGCGGUGACUUGGAGAUGUGUGUUGUUGGGGAUGGACGGCUUCUGGAGGGACUGUUACGAUUUUUCGGUUCAGGUAAACUUUUAGUAGCCUAUUUGUCAGCUUGUCGGAAAAAUAAUGAGCACGUCGCUGAAGUGAAAAAAUUUGAUUCUGCCACGAAAAAAUUCAUUUUCUCGGCGUUGUUCCGAUUUUUAUGUAGAUUUGACAUACCUCAUAAUUUUCCCGACAGAAUGGUAUUAUGCAAAGAUCUAGUAAAACUUUAAUUUUUAGUACAUCUACACGGUUGUUGGAAUCUACAGUGUGAUCUCCUCGGUCUGCACAAUCAAAAUCCUAAAUUCCGCGCCCACCGGCAGAACCGCGAAGAUGCUGUCAUUGACGGCGGUGGAAGCCACCGAAGCUGACAAAAGCUACUUCAAACAGUACGAGGAGCAAUGGAGAGUGCGGCCGAGUAAAAAAUAA